UCAACAUUGAGGUCGGCACUUCCGCUAGCUGGUGAGUUACUGUGAAGGAAUGACGAAACUUGGAUCGCAUCUGAGUUAGAAUUAUGAUUGUCAAUAUAACCUGAUAGGGAGGAAGUUUAGUGGGGAAGAGGGGUGCUUACAAUACUGGAGGCCGGCAAAAUAGUGCUAUUUGGUCUGGAAGAAGUGGGACAAGCAGGUUGGAUGCUACAGGUUGCAGAAUGCUGGCCUCCAUAAUAACCGCAGCACUUCAGGGAGCUGCUGCUAUUUUGCUGCUAGUGGUAGGCGUACUCCUAACACUCAGAUUAUACAUUAGGCACAAGAAGAAGAAUCAAUUGCCACAUCUUCGUCAGGACCCAGGCUCUGUUGUCGUGGGAUUUUUUCAUCCAUAUUGCAAUGCUGGUGGUGGAGGGGAGAGGGUUUUGUGGUGUGCCAUCAAAGCCUUGCAAAAAAAAUACCCAGCUGUGCAGUGUGUAGUGUACACUGGAGACCAAGAUGCAACAGGUGAAGAAAUAUUACAGAAAGCAUGGCAGCGUUUUAACAUCAAAGUGUCGAGACCUGUAGAGUUUGUGUACCUUACAAGGCGGGACUGGGUUGAGGCUAAAACAUGGCCUUAUUUCACAUUGCUAGGACAAAGCAUGGGCUCAGUCUUCUUAGGCUGGGAGGCACUGUGUAAGCUGGUCCCAGAUGUCUACAUUGACACUAUGGGAUAUGCCUUCACCAUACCACUGUUUAAGUACAUUGGAGGCUGUCAAACUGGGUGCUAUGUCCAUUAUCCCACCAUUAGUAAUGACAUGUUAGAGAGAGUGGCCCAGAGGACGGAGAGCUAUAACAACAGGAGGGUGAUAUCAAAAAACCCUGUGCUCAGCUUCUUUAAGUUGGUGUACUAUCACAUGUUUGCCUUUGCCUAUGGGGUGGCUGGAAAAAGGUCAGAUGUUAUCAUGGUCAAUUCUUCGUGGACUUUAGGGCAUAUUUUACACUUGUGGAGGGCUGCUUCAAAGACGAGCAUCGUGUACCCACCGUGUGAUGUGGAAGAAUUUUUGAAACUCCCUCUCAAGGAGGAGGACUCCCAAAGGACAACACACACCAUAGUUUCAAUAGCUCAGUUUAGGCCAGAAAAAGACCACGAUUUACAACUCAGGUCAUUCCAUGAAUUUCUUAAGAAAAAAUCCAACCAGGAAAUCUCACAAUAUAAAUUGAUUUUGAUUGGCAGCUGUCGCAAUGCUGGGGAUGUUGCAAGAGUAGAGGAGCUCAGAGUCACAGUUAAGGAUCUUGGGUUGGAAGACAGUGUGGAGUUUUUGCUGAAUGUGUCAUUUGAGGAACUUAAGAAGCAACUGCACCAUGCCACUAUAGGCCUACACACUAUGUGGAAUGAACACUUUGGAAUUGGAGUGGUAGAAAUUAUGGCAGCAGGCACCAUAGUCCUUGCUCACAACUCUGGUGGACCAAAGAUGGAUAUUGUAGUGGACAGAAAGGGGACAAAAACAGGGUUUUUGGCCAGUGAUAUUACCAGUUAUGCAGAUGCAAUGGAAACCAUAUUCAACCUCACACCACAGGAGAGGAUGGAGAUAAGAAUGAAUGCCAGAGAAUCUGUGAAGAAAUUCUCAGAGGAAGAGUUUUCACAAGGGUUUUUGUCUUGUGUCAGUUGUAUAUUGGAAGAGAAGUAAAAUCCAAGUGUAUAUUUGGUACUGUGAAUUGUAAGGCAGCUUGACCAGUUUUCACGUCCUUUUCUCUGUGCUUAACUAAUCCAUGAACUCUUAAAGCAGACAGUCCCUUAACAGUUGACAGGGCUUUUUGCCCAAAACCGAAGUUCAUGGUAGCACUAGACCAAAUGUCAGAGGAUCUGAUUGGAUUGAAUUCUCCAGUUUUUUCCCUUGGUGGUUUUCUCCCUUAAAAGUAAA